AUAAUCAAGGGUGAAGCGCUAAACCCGGAGGAUUAUACAGUGCCUGGGGGGGAUGUGGAAGGCAUUCAGGCUUAAUUCAAGGAACUGGAGCACAGAUCCAAUUCCCUAAAUCAAGAGCCCCUCACCAACAUCAAGGAACCUUCCUUGAGGGGUGGUAUACCUGGAGAGGGUUUCGGGGGUCAACGCCCCCGCGGCCCGGUCUGAGACCAGGCCUCGUGGCGAAUCAGGGUCUGAUCAACCAGGCUGUUACUGCUGGCCUCACGCAAACUGACGUACGAACCACAGCCCGGCUGGUUAGGUACUGACUGUAGGUGUCUGUCCAGCGCCUUGUUCAAGACAGCCAAGGGUCUAUCGGUAAUUCCCCCAAUCUGCUAGCUGGCAGUAUUCCUUUGAAGAUUUAAAAGAAGAAAUAAAUAGCCAGUUAGCACAAGCAAAGCAGCAAACUUUAUAUAAAAGUGAGUUAUCUCACAGCAGUGGACUCAAAAUAAAGUGCUGUACAACAACUUACAGAGAUGGCAGCAACAAAUGGAGCAAAAAAAUUUCUUCAGCACAUACUGGCUGUUGCUAUAGAAGGAGGAGGCUUUGACAAAACUCUGUCUAAACUACGUAUUGUGUCUGGUGGAAAGGGAAGGUGCAUAGCAGAAAUGAGGAUUGAAAAAGAGCACACUAAUCGAAUUGGAGUUCUGCAUGGAGGUUUUACAGCAAUGCUAGUAGAUGCUGUUUCUACAAUGGCAUUGAGAACUACAGAAAAAGCAGUUCCUGGAAUUUCUGUGUCCCUCAACCUUGAAUAUUUAAGAGCAGCCAAGACUGGAGAAGAAAUAAUGAUAAAUGCAGAAACCCUUAAAAUUGGAAGAUCUCUAGCUUUCUUGAGUGUUGACAUAACAAACAAAGAAUCUGGUGCUCUUAUUGCAAAGGGUAGCCACACAAAAUUUAUGGGAUAGUGUCAUUAAUGCUGUUUUUCAUGAACAUACAUGCUUUUCAAGCUGUAUGACCCAUACAGGUUUAGUACAUGUUAUUGAAUAUAGUAUUGUUAUUACAUUCAUGGGAGGGGACCACUAACCUAGAAGCAAUCAGGUUAAAUCCAAGAAAUGGGAGGUUAGGUUUGAUUCCUUGCAUUAUGGCACCUCUCUUGGGAGAAUAUCCUUUUCAAAUUGUAUAGAAUCUAAUAUGCACUUGUUUACUAUAAAACAUGGCAUGCCAAAAAGUGGGCUUUAUCAGAUACUUAAUAAAGCCCAUUUGUGAGUGAAACACUCCACUGUAUAAUCUUUUAUGUUCGUGCAUACUAAAAUUUAGCCGAUGAAAAAUCAUUACUCGGGUAAUGAUUAUUGAAGAGUUAUGUGGCUUACCACUUUUUAAUUCUUAAAUGGUCCAAACGUAUAUAUACGUUCUUACGCGUAGUGCCUCAAAUGUAUAUAUACGUUUUAUUUUUCCUGCCUUCAAAUUUGGCAUGAUUGGCCUGAGAUGCCUUGUCAGCAUAGAAUGGGUCCUAACACUCAUUGUGCAUGGUAUUAAAAAAAUCUGGGACCACUUAGUACCUUGUGGGAGCACCAGUUAAAUUGAGCGCCAGCUAGAGCAAACAGUGCGGCAAACACCAAGGAUUCACUGAUGUAAUGUCAUAUUACACUCCUCUUUUAAGAGGAAAGUGAUGUUAACCCCAAGUUUAGGGUCUCUCUAUCUCUGUCUACCUCUGUCUGUCUUUGUCUGUCUCUAUCUCUUUCAAUCUCUCUCUCUCUCUCUGUCUAUCUCUGUCUCACAGGAACACAUAAAUACAAGUAUACAUAGUGUAAAUUACCUAGGAUAACCCAAAAAAUCCAGACAAAGUUCUAUACUCUGCUUGAAGAUAAAAGGUGAUGAUGCAGUCUUGUGGCUCUCUCUGAGACAGAGAGCUAGAUGGAUAGACAGGGAGCUUGACAGACAGACAAAUAGACAGACAUGUUUGUUUUUAUUAUUUAUUAUUAUCACACUGGCCGAUUCCCACCAAGGCAUGGUGGCCCGAAAAAGAAAAACUUUCACCAUCAUUCACUCCAUCACUGUCUUGCCAGAAGGGUGCUUUACACUACAGUUUUUAAACUGCAACAUUAACACCCCUCCUUCAGAGUGCAGGCACUGUACUUCCCAUCUCCAGGACUCAAGUCCAGCCUGCCGGUUUCCCUGAACCCCUUCAUAAAUGUUACUUUGCUCACACUCCAACAGCACGUCAAGUAUUAAAAACCAUUUGUCUCCAUUCACUCCUAUCAAACACGCUCACGCAUGCCUGCUGGAAGUCCAAGCCCCUCACACACAAAACCUCCUUUACCCCCUCUCUCCAACCUUUCCUAGGCUGACCCCUACCCCGCCUUCCUUCCACUACAGAUUGAUACACUCUUGAAGUCAUUCUGUUUCGCUCCAUUCUCUCUACAUGUCCGAACCACCUCAACAACCCUUCCUCAGCCCUCUGGACAACAGUUUUGGUAAUCCCGCACCUCCUCCUAACUUCCAAACUACGAAUUCUAUGCAUUAUAUUCACACCACACAUUGCCCUCAGACAUGACAUCUCCACUGCCUCCAGCCUUCUCCUCGCUGCAACAUUCAUCACCCAUGCUUCACACCCAUAUAAGAGCGUUGGUAAAACUAUACUCUCAUACAUUCCCCUCUUUGCCUCCAAGGACAAAGUUGUUUGUCUCCACAGACUCCUAAGUGCACCACUCACUCUUUUCCCCUCAUCAAUUCUAUGAUUCACCUCAUCUUUCAUAGACCCAUCCGCUGGUACACAUGUUUGUGUACCAGCAAAAACAAAGUGAGGGCGAUGCUCGUCAAAUAUCACCUCUAAUCUUUUCUUUUCUGCUGCACCCUUCCCCACCCUUGUGUAUGUUCAUCAAAUGUCAGCUCUUAUCAGA